AUGCACAUUUUCAAGGUAGUUUUUUCCUCCAAGGAUAAAUUUGCGAGUUUUCAUCUAUAUAAUCCAUGUUUCAUCGACUUCAGAAGCAUUUAGAACUUCAUUUGUUCAAAAUAUUGUCCUAAUACGAUUUAUUCUUUUUUAUUUUUCGGGAAAAGCUCUGAAGCGGUUUUAAAAAAUCUAAAAGGGGCCGUUGAAGCGUUUAAAAAAAUGGAAGAGAAUUGUUGAAACUUCGAAAUUAUCACUUACUUUUUUUAAAAAUUUGAGUAAAUAAUUUCAAUGAAAAAGUCCUCUAAUUUGUAAAGUCUAAGUUUCCAAGUUUCCAAGCUUUGUUCUUGAAAAAGCGCCAUAUUAUAAAGAAAAUGGCUGGCAAACUUAUUUGGAAUAGUUAUACUCAUCAGAAUUCUUCGAAAAAAUAAUGGCAAAAAAGUUAGCGACGAAAAGUCUCGAACCCCCGUCUUAGGCUCCUUAGGCCAACGGGUUAGCCACUGCGCCAUGCUCCUAGCUGUCAUUCAUAGGCAGAUGGCGCGGAGAGAUUCCUUCCAAACGGUGUCACAUGCUUAAGGAAAAUAACUAUAAAAUUUUUUUGAGCAAAUUUACAGAAAAAUUCUGAACCAUAUGCUAAAAUGAUCCCUCAGAAAAGGAAAUUUAUAGAAAGUUCCGUUCGCCGAGCCGCCAGUAGGCGACCUCCGAUUCGCUCUUCCGAAACCUCCGAGAAGAUGGGAAGAAGUCUGGAAUUCAAAAGGUUUUAGUGAAAAUAAGACAAUGUUUUUGGAAGUUUGGUUCAGAAUACGGACCGGCGUGCAUGUCGAACUCUUCGGAGACGAGCAGUCCCCAGAAGUGGGUCGACGAGGAUUGCCUUCAUCUAAACGUUUUCACGUCGGAAGCUUGUCUGGUUGAUUUUACAACUAUUUAACGGAAGAAAUAAGUAUCUUAGGAGUCGAAAAACUGCGCGGUCGCUUAUUACCUCCAUGGUGGCGCGAUCAAUUUCGACUCGGCCGUGAUGUUCAACGACACGGUCGUCAUCGAGGCUUUCCCCAGAAAAGGUCCGGAAAAUCCGAGAAAUAUCUUUGAUGCUCCAUGAUUCCGAGUUUUAUAUCUUACUUAUCGUCGUUUUUUGAUGAAAAUGUGAAGCAGCGUUUCACGGCGUUUGUGACAGUUAAAAAAACCAGGAGUGGGCGCCGUAAAUCGUACGAAUACCAUAGUUUGGUCUAUGCAGGACCCGUUUUCUAAUGAACAGACUCACAAACCGGAACCCUUUUUAGACCAAGUUUUUUUCUUUUGUAAUCAGCAAUUUAAAGUUUUUUUACGUUUCAAAAUCUCUGGUAUAUAUUUUUUUAGCAUUUUUCAAAUGUUUUUUUAACAUCAUAUUCUUCGGAUAGAAAAAGAUUCCGUAAUGUUAUCCUAAAAUUCCAAAUUUUGAAGUUCAAAAAAAGUUUGGAGUAUUCAAUAGUGCGUUUCGGUGUGUUUACACCCUAAACACCAUAAUUCACGGAAUGUUUUGACUGUGGUACUAAAAAUAAAAUUUUUCAAAACAAAUUUUCUCACUGAUUCGAUGUUUUCAGACGUCGUUAUUGUCGUCGGAGCUUAUCGUCUGGGCGUAUUUUCGCAUGUGAUUUUUAAGAACGAAUCCCUUGUCCCGUACAAUCUUGCCAUGUAUGGUGAGAUCAUUUUUUAAAGUUUUGAUGUACGCGAUUUUUUGAGACAUUAUUUCUGGCCUGGAGUUUGUCCAGAAGGAAAUCGAGCAUUUUGGUGGGAAUAACCAACGAGUUUCCGUUUUUGGUCAUUCCUACGGCGGCGCUAUUGUCAACGCAAUGUACCACAGUAUCCACGUGGAUCCUGAGAAUCGGUUCAAAAAAAAUUUUAAAAAAAAUCACUUCUCAAUUUUCAGACUUUUCCAAAAGGCCGUCGCCAUGUCGGGCCCCUUGAAGUUCAACAGCUUAGAUUUUCAACUUGAUGGCACCCGGCAGCUCAUCGAUAGGGCUAGAGUUCGAAAAAUGGAAUUCUAUCUGUACUCUUAAGAAAAUUCAGUGCAAUCCUCCCAACAGACGCCCUCCGUUCUCUGAGAACUUCCGCGACAGCUACGCCCUGAACUGCUUGAAGAAGCUGGAUCAGCGCGUUUUAUUGGGGUUGAACCACAAUAUUUAAAAAAGACAAGAGUUCCUUUUCAAGUUACCAACGUGAAUUGGAAGAGGAAGGCGUGAAAGACCAGUUCUCGCAUCUUUUAUUGGCUGAACCGCUUUUUCAAGGCAAAAGCAUCCCGGAGCUCCUUUCUACCUCUGUGGUUUGAUAAUUUGGGGUUUUUGGCUGAUUUUUCUUCUUUUCUUAUUCAUUGAUAGUUGAGUCAUAACUGUAGCCUUAAAAAGGAAAUUUUUAUCAUUAUAUAAGGAUGUUGGAUUGGAAUAUUUCCAAAAAAAGGCACCAAAAAAAGAACUAUUUUGAACUGGCUGCUAUGAAUCUACAGGCGGAUCACUUGACACCAAAAUAUUUUUUCUUUCAGAGAAAAAUCCCGUAUAUGACUGGCACCACAUCGAAAGAACUCGAUACAAGCAAUGAUCCAUUUGAACUUAUCGAAUUUCUCUCUUUCAAAAACAUGAACCAAGUCAGAGCAAAAUAUUUCGAUGACUUAAAAAACGGAAGGCUUGGUUAGUUUUCCAAACAACGUUGAAAAGAAAUUCAUGAGUUUCCGGUUUCAAUCACUCGGAAGAUACCCAAGGAUUGUUCCUCUCAACCUGGGCUGAUGCACAGACGGCGACGCGAAAUGGCGCCCAAGUUCGUUUAUCAGCUCUAUUUUGUGGCUGAAAGGGUUAAAAAAACUUAUCAAGUGCUCCUCAGACAUUCCAUUAUCUAAAACAGAGAUAAGAGUUUUUUUUUUCUUGAUUUUUUGGCCACUUAGAAGGGUCUGAACAACUUUGAGUGACUACCAAAUGAUAAAGGGGCUCAAAAUGCGCUACACACUUUUCUUUUGUCUAUGCCGGCCUCUUGAGUUUAAAACUGAAGAUUGGAAGAAUAUUCGAAUUUUGCAAGCUCUUCGAGAGCUAAAGAUAAAAAAUGUUUGAAAUUGGAAAAUUUAUGACUUGAAAAUCUGCUGAAAGGAAAGUUUUUUUAAUUGAAGCUAAGCUCACUAGUGCAGUUUUUUUUUAACUCUAACUCUAAACUCCCCCUCUGGAAGUCUGGAAAAAUUGAUUUUUUUGGCUACAGUAAUCCUCAAAAGGGGCGGAGCUUGUCAAAACCUCCACUAGAAUUUUCAGAGACUUGUGUAGUGUUUGUGAUAAAAGUAUAAGCUCAAAAAAAAAGCAACAUGAAUUUUGUAGUGCCAAUAGUUAAUCGGAGAACGUGGGAUAAAAGCUCAAAGUUAUGAAAAAAGAUAUUAUUUGUAUCCUCUCAGGUUUACCUCUACUCGUACCAGUAUCCGAAGCAUCCGAGACACACCGACGACCUCUACUACCUUCUCGGCGUUCAUAAAUUCGAAAAGGACGAAAAUGAGGAAGCUUUGUCCCAGUUGUAUCCCGAAUACUUUGCUCAGUUCUUCAAAACUGGCCGGCCAAGUCAAGGUGCAAAAAAGACCACAAUUUCUUGUCGACUUUGAAAAAUUCAUUAGAAUGGACUCGAUUCAACGCUUCUUGUAACAAUUAUUUUGACAUCAACUACAAUAAUACGUCAGGAGUUCGGCCUGUGAUGAAGAUGCCCUAUGAGAAGGAGGUUCUGAGAAAACUUUAGCCGUUUUCUAAGGAUAAAUUGAGGUUAUAAACUAUUGGACAGUCGGGAUGAAGAAUUUCGACGAGCAGGUCUCGAUGGAAAAGCUGAAAAAUUCGAUCCCGAAGGUGAGUUGGGAAGAAACGUAGUAUUUGAGAUAGAAACCAACUGAAAAUUUAGAUUUUAAGCUUGAAUAGUGAAAGAAAGUGUUUUUUGAUCCGAGAAACCUAACGUAUUAAUUUAUGAAAAAUUCAAUGCUCUUGGUAUGUAAUGCCGUGUUUGUAACCCAAAAAAACGGCAUGGAAUACACUUGUUUUCAGGAAUUUGUAUUUUUCCGCAAUUAUACUUUUAAUUUUCCCAGAAUUUUGGCAAUUCUGAAAAGGCGUUAGAAAUCUGGGCAGUCCCAAGAGCAGUGAAAGUUUUUGGCAGUAUCAAAAGUGCAAUGGAAAUUUUGGCAGUACCAAAAGAGCAGUAAAAAUUUUGGCAGUCCCAAAAGCAGUCCCAAAAGAGCAGUAGAAGUUUUGGCAUACCCAAAAGCAGUCCCAAGAACAGUGGAAAUUUUGGCAGUCCUAAAAGAGCAGUGAAAUUUUUGACAGUCCCAAAAGCAGUCCCAAGAGCAGUGAACAUUUUUGGCAGUCCCAAAAUUAGUGGAAAUUUUUGGCAGUCCCAAGAUUAGUGGAAAUUUUGGCAGUCCUAAAAGAGCAGUGAAAUUUUUGGCAGUCCCAAAAGCAGUCCCAAGAACAGUGGAAAUUUUGGCAGUCCUAAAAGAGCAGUGAAAUUUUUGACAGUCCCAAAAGCAGUCCCAAGAGCAGUGAAAAUUUUUGGCAGUCCCAAAAUUAGUGGAAAUUUUUGGCAGUCCCAAGAUUAGUGGAAAUUUUUGGCAGUCCCAAGAACAGUGGAAAUUUUGGCAGUCCCAAGAACAGUGGAAAUUUUGGCAGUCCUAAUGCCGUGUUCAAAGUAAUUCCGCGAAAUUCAAAAUAGCCGUCAGAGAAAGAGAAAGAUAACUAAAUUUUGGAGGGUCAGAGACCAUUUUGCAUUUCGCGGAAAUUACUUUGAACACGGCAUAAAAGAGCAGUGAAAUUUUUGGCAGUCCCAAAAGAGCAUUGAAAUUUUUGGCAGUCCCAAAAGCAGUCCCAAGAGCAGUGGAAAUUUUUGGCAGUCCCAAGAUUAGUGGAAAUUUUGGCAGUCCCAAGAACAGUGGAAAUUUUGGCAGUUCUAAAAGAGCAGUGAAAUUUUUGGCAGUACCAAAAGCAGUCCCAAGAGCAGUGGAAAUUUUUGGCAGUCCCAAGAUUAGUGGAAAUUUUGGCAGUCCCAAAAGAGCAUUGAAAUUUUUGGCAGUACCAAAAGCAGUCCCAAGAGCAGUGGAAAUUUUUGGCAGUCCCAAGAUUAGUGGAAAUUUUGGCAGUCCCAAAAGAGCAUUGAAAUUUUUGGCAGUACCAAAAGCAGUCCCAAGAGCAGUGGAAAUUUUUGGCAGUCCCAAGAUUAGUGGAAAUUUUGGCAGUCCCAAAAGAGAAUUGAAAUUUUUGGCAGUCCCAAGAGCAGUCCCAAGAGCAGUGGAAAUUUUUGACUGUCCCAAGAUUAGUGGAAGUUUUGGCAGUACCAAAAGCAGUCCCAAAAGAGCAGCGGAAAUUUUUGACCAUGAUCAUUACCAAAGACAGUCCCAAAAUUCAUUCUAUUUUCCAGGACGUACCGAUAUCAGUGAGAACCUUUUAUGAUGAGCCAAACAGCCGCCGGACUUUUCUGUUCCUCAUGGGGGCUGUGGCAGUUUUCGCGGCAUUCGUCACACUCCUACACAUGUACCUAGUGCAUAAAUAUGGAGACGUCACGACGAUGAGAAACAACUACUACCUCAUCAACGAGAAAACGCCCCUGUACCGCAGACCUAAAUAA